UUACGUAUUUACCGCGUUUGCGGAACCGACACUGGCAAAUUAAAGAUCUGAUCAUCACCGAAAGGCACUCAUGUGUGCAUACAGGCGAGGCCGCAUGUUGGCGUCUUGUACACGGUGUAAUGACCCAUGGAGUGGCAUAUAAAGUCGCGCCAUCACGCAAGUUUUGGUUGCCGUACUCAAGUAUUAUCUUUCGCGUCCGACAGCUUGUAUCAUGUAUACGGUCGGCCUACAAUCCGCUGCCGACGCAUUUCUUCUUUCUAGCCUAAAGGCCCAAGUGGCUCUCGCUUUGCUUAUUCUCUUUAUUCUUCUAUUUUUCGGUUUUGGCUCUCAAAAAGAUGGUGCUGUUGACGGCGCCCCAGUAUUUCUCCCCGGCUCUCAUCUCCUCGCCAUCACCCCAUUCUUCCGCCGACGUUUCGAGUUUCUGAACAAUGGAUUCCAUAAAACUGGCCAGUCCCUCUUUCAGUUCAACAUGCUCCGAGAGACGGUCAUUGUUGUUUCCGGAGAGUCAGCCCGGAAAUCCUUUUUCGCCAACAAGCACUUCGACCUCACCGAAGGCUUUAAAAUGCUUUCCGGAGCUAUCCCUGUUGUCAAAGGGGUAACUUCAAACCUUCAAACCAAGCGCAUUGCGCAAAUCCAUAAGCGUCUCUCCUCCGUUCAGCGAAAUGAACACUUAAGUGGCCUCAUUGCCCCCAUUUUGGAGGAUUGCCGAAGGGUGAUGGAAACGUGGGGACCAUCAGGAACAUUUGACCCCUUUGAAAAAAUUUACGAACUUUUAUUCCAAAUUACUGUACGAUCGCUCUCCUGCGAGGAGUUGGCAAACGAUCCUGUCCAAGUUGCGCGUCUCAAGGAACUCUACGACACCUUGGACAGUGGGACAACGCCUGCGACUGUCUUACUUCCAUGGCUUCCUGGGCCUAGCAUGCUUAAGAAGCUGUGGGCGACCAAAAAAAUCUACGACAUUGUCGUCCGGGCCAUUGAUGAACGGGAGCGCAGUGGAAUAUCCAAACCUGACACUCUGCAGAUGCUUCUCGACGAAAAAGACGAAAGGCUUGUCAUCGUCGGUUUCAUUUUGGGUCUGCUAGUUGCUGGUGCACGUGCUACUGGAACAACGGCUUCGUGGCUCAUCACCUAUCUUGGUGAUCAUGAGUCCAAGGAUGAAGUAAUCGCUGAAGUGGAGCAACUCCUAGCCAAUCACGUCUCUCCUAACGUCUCCUACUCUUUGUCACAACAACUUUCGUCCAUUCCACUGGAGGCUUGGGAAUCUGAGACACCCGUUCUUGAUUCUCUUAUUCGCGAGACUCUCAGAAUUGCGCAACCUCAUACUGCCAUGCGCCGAAACCUUGGACCUGACGUGACGAUUGACGGGAAGACUAUCCCAUCAGGGGCAUAUGUAUUAUAUCCUUUCUCAGACGUUCAUCUCAAUCCGGACGUCUACCCUGAUCCUUGGAGGUUCGAUCCUAGCCGCAAGGAGACGACGGUUCCGUUCGGUUACGUCGGUUGGGGAGGAGGUAAGACACAUUGCCUUGGACAACGCUUGGCCCGACUUGAGCUCAAGCUUGUCACCUCCAUGAUGCUACUUGGCUUCCGGUACUCCCUCGUUGACAAGAAAGGCGAGCAACUCGAUGCACCACCUCAACCCAACUGGAACGAUAUUCUACUGUGCCGACCAGAACAGGGCUCGUGUUAUCUCAAACACGAGAAAUCCAUGCUUUCACUUUAACUCAAGCUGGCCUUGACUUUUCGGACAAUCCCUCUCACCCUGCCAACAAACUAGGAUCUUGUUGAGCCCUUUUCGAACAUCACAUAACUACAUUACCCACACGGUUCUAGUCACAAACCCACUGGACACGCAUCAUUUAUUUACCUUAUACUUCAUUUCAAAAACUGUACCGGCUCCGACACUAUGCCCAUAAAGUACUUAUAAGUUGUUACCCGUCACCGCU